UCAGCAACAGUCAGGGAAGUCAGCGCUCCUGAAGCCUCUGCACCAUGAGUGCCUCUGUGCUGAGCCCCACCAGACCCCUGGGCGGUAUCUCUGGGCUCCUGCAAGUGGCCUCCCUGCUCGGCCUGGUUCUGCUGCUGCUCAAGGCAGCCCAGGUCUUCCUGUGCAAGCAGUGGCUGCUCAAAGCCGUCCAGGAGUUUCCGUGCCCACCUCCCCACUGGCUCUACGGGCACAGCCAGCAAUCAGCCUUCCACUACGACAUCCUGAAGCCCUACGUGGGGCUCAUGGCCGACUCAGUCCGAGUGAUGCUGGACAAAUGGGAGGAGCUUAUCAGCCAGGACUCACAUCUGGAGAUCUUUGGACAUGUCUCCAUGAUGACCCUGGACACCAUCAUGAAGUGCACCUUCAGCCACCAGAGCAGCGUCCAGACAGACAGGCACUUGGAUUUUCUGGACAGUCUCCUCUUUGCCAGAAUGGGGAAUGGGAGCAGCUUGUCUGACAAGGACCUCCGUGCAGAGGUGGAUACGUUCAUGUUCGAGGGCCACGACACCACAGCCAGCAGCAUCUCCUGGAUCCUCUAUGCUCUGGCCGCACACCCUGCGCACCAGCAGAGGUGUCGGGAGGAGAUCCAGAGCCUCCUGGGGGAUGGCGCCUCCAUCACCUGGGACCACCUGGACCAGAUGCCCUACACCACCAUGUGCAUCAAGGAGGCACUACGACUCUAUCUACCAGUACCAAGUGUCAGCAGAGAGCUCAGCAAGCCCAUCACCUUCCCUGACGGACGCUCCUUACCCAGAGGAAUCAUAAUCGGGCUCUCCUUUUAUGCCCUUCACCACAACCCAAACCUGGUGCUCUCUCUGCAGGUGUUUGAUCUUUCCCGGUUUGCACCAGGUUCUGCUCGACACAGCCACGCUUUCCUGCCCUUCUCAGGAGGACCAAGGGACUGCAUCGGGAAGCAGUUUGCCAUGACCGAGCUGAAGGUGGCCGUGGCCCUGACACUGCUCCGCUUUGAGUUGGCGCCGGAUCCCUCCAGAGUCCCUGCUCCCAUUCCAAGAAUUGUGUUGAAGUCCAAGAAUGGGAUCUACCUGCGUCUCAGGAAGCUCCUCUAACACUUUUUGGGGACAAGGACAGGUUCAGAGAGACCCUUGCAACCAUCCUGUCUUCCUGUCACUCUCUCCUAUCCCCUGAGUAUCUGUCCACUUCCUGCUUUCUAUCU